GACAUGCUUGUCAGAGCCGUGUCCAUUCUAUUUCUCGCCAUUCUGGCGCAUUUCCUCACACGUGGGCUUGCCCUGCUCGGUAUUCUGCGCUCUAUCUCUCCGUCAGGAGUAAAAACUUGUCAGCGUAUACAAGGCCCGAGGUUAUGUGAGGAUAUGACUCACGGGUUUGAGCAAGGGGAGUACUUUUUAUCUUGCGAUGCUAGCAGGCUAUUUCACAACACCGUGAUGGACACGGGGUUUCCGCAGACGAAGGACGAUGAAUUGUUACACGGAGAGUUAUGGAGUAUGCAGAUAACUAAGGAUGGUAAACAUCGAGUGUCAAAACUUGACAGAGGAGAUGAAGACCUGGACUUUCAUCCAUUGGGUCUGGCUGUGGAUACACAAGCCAAACAGAUAUUGGUAGCCAACACCCCCACACUAACCAAAAAUGCAUCAUCUAUUGAAGUGUACUCAGUUCAAGGUCCUCACUUGACCUUAAUCAAGUCAAUUAAGAGCAAGUACAUCCAUACACCAAACAGUCUUUACAUUUUGCCUCAAGCAAACAUGCGCAGCGCUGAUGGACAAUUACCUUCCUUCAUAUUUACGAAUGACCACUUCUUCGUUUCUGGAUGGAAAAAAGUGCUGGAAAACAAUCUUUUGCUUCCUUUGGGAUCGAUAGGGCUGUACGAUGCUCGCAGUGAUACAGUCAAACCUCUGUUGCAUGGAUUCUCCUUCGCUAAUGGUGUUACUGGCAAUACCAAUGGAACUGUUCUGUAUGUUGCAGAAACAUAUGGACAGCGUAUCUGGAAAUAUAGAAUUGUCGUACCAUCUGGUGAAGGCGGAAUAGUAGAGCUGAAGAAAAUCGAGAACGUACGCGUUCCUAUGGCCGUGGAUAACCUGUCUUACCAAGAGGAAACAGGCGAUGUGAUCGCUGCUGGACACCCUAUCGGCUACAAGUUGCUCAAGUAUGCGAGCUCCAAUGACAAGUCCAAUCUCAUGCUACCUCCCUCUAUGGUACUUCGCUGGGCGACUAACGGAAGCAUAUCCUACAUCAUGACUGACGAUGGCUCGACGUUUGGUUCAAGUACUACGGGCAUAUUAGACAGCGCAAGUGGCAAACUGAUUGUCUCUGGGUUGUUUGAAAAUGACAUUUUGAUGUGUGACACAGACGACUAUGGUAAAGGUAGCGAAACUGACAGCACAAAACAAAUAUUGACAGUCUAGUCAUCAAAAGUGUUCCCCUCAUCACUCUAAUAAAGAUAUAUAUCAUUGGCAAAGACAUCUCGUGUUGGAAAGCAAAGGAGUUUAUAUGUCUGGACCACCAAUACAGUGAGCGAAUACAUUCGAAAUGCCAAGAGAAAAAAGGAAGAAGUACAAGCAUGAUCGUACAGAGGACGAGCAUAAAACAUCAACCACGAUAAAAACCUCGGGUAAAAUCAUAAUGAAUGCGACCGUUCACACCUUUACAUAGCAUACUUUCUUGUCCAAUCUCUUGCCGUUGCUUCGUAACGAGGGCGAUCAGUCUUGUACAUAUGAGCAAGUUCA